CUAGAGCGUCUUCAAGCAGUAAAUGAUACUGUGAAGCAAUGUCUUUUGGCCAAUACUCGUAUCCAUACAAACGAGUACAGACUUCAUACAGAAAGAGGUAAAUUCGUUGAUGGUAUACCACGCGGUAAUAUGCGGCUUGUGACGCGCAACAUUUGUGUCUGGAAUGAGUGAACUGGACCAGAGGGUGCCAUCUACUGAUAUUGCAAGUACAAUCGGGCGUUAGAUAAUCGCUUUUAGCCAUAUCAAACUUUCCCAACACCAAGAUGGCGUAUUGUGGUCACAAAAGUUCUACGGAAGCCCGUCUGGAUCGUUUCAAAGAUAUGUGGGUUAAGGGUGAUACGAAGUGGCACACAAGGGGAGUUAAUCCAUUACUUCUCAAACAUCAACAUAUCCUGUUUCCAGUCAAGAAAUCGAUGAUGAAAGUGUUCGUCCCACUGUGUGGAAAAGAUGACUCUGUGAAAUGGUUGGCUGAGCAAGGACUUACAGUGAUCGGACUGGAUUACUCCGAUAUUGCUUGUAAAGGUUUCUUUAUCGACAACAAUCUGAAAUAUAUCAAAGAGGAAAUCCAGAGUCCUCACAUUGAAGGUGGUAUUUACAAAGGACUUAAUGAUGAUUUGAAUAUAACUAUUUACUGUUGUGACUAUUUCCGGUUUGCACCGGAAGUCCAGAAAGAUUUUGAUGCCGUUUGGGACAGAGGUGGAUUGAACGCUAUGGAUUCAGUCAAUGUGGGAAAAUAUGCUUCAGUAAUAAUCCCUCUGAUGAAAGAAGAAUGUGUCAACUUCACAGAAAUUGUGCACGGAUUCCCUGAAACUCAUUCCAUCGAGACAAUCCGGACGGCAUUUGGUGAAGAAUAUGUUGUGGAAAGCCUCGACAAAGUUGGACCACACAGUGAACACUAUAGAAAUGUUGGGGCAACAGGUUUUGAAUUGUUGUGUGUGAAACGGAAACGGAAACAUCUGACAACAUAAUUAUCUAAACCCGUAACAAGUGCUCUUCAUACUUGUAGUUAUUUCCUGUUUUUACCAUAUCGGGGUUGAUACAUGUAUCAUAGGCUAAAUAUCAGACUCCCAACGGUGGAAUGAGUGACUAAAGAACACAUGUGUUGCUCACAGCAACAAUUUAUAUAACAUAUCACAUAGAUAUUUGUGUGUGUUGUCUCUAUUUUUAUAUGCGGAAUACAUAUUUGUGAUAUUUGUACAAUGGUGAAUUCAUUACAGUAUACA